AUGCAGUUCUCAGUGUUUGUGGUGAUUGGCAUUGUUGUAGCAUCUGCAACAGGAGCGGACUUUCAGCAAAUACCAAUCAAUAUAAGCAACGACUUAAUAAAGGACCCGUACUCUUCAUCAGAUGUGGCCAAAGGACCAAGCAAAAAGGAUGAUUCAAAUAACAUUGCUGUGCAAGGCUAUCUUGCCCGCCCGGACAUGUUUCCGUUCCAUGUCGAGUUGUUUAUACGAAACGAUGUUGAUCGUGGUACUGCUCUUGCAAGCGGAUCACUCAUCACACCUAACUACGUCCUCACGUCCGCAAACCUUUUGCGCAGUAGCAUAGAGCGAGCUAACAUCACCUAUGGAUAUGCUCUACUCGGAACAGACAAUGGAUUGGACCAAUCAAGGCUUCAGCGAAUUAAUUUCACCGGAAGCGAUGUGCAGCUUCACCCGUUGUACGACAUUGCAACGAUGCGUUUGGUACAUCCGGUAACAUUCACGGAAUUUGUGCAGCUGAUCCGUUUGCCAAGUUUAUCCGAUUCCCGCACGCACGAGAGGAAAGAGGGCACAAACAUUGGAAGCGGUGGAUUGGUGCGGUAUGUGCGCAACCAGAUAUUGACGAACGCGGACUGCAGUCAGCUACAUCCUCAUGCGUCUAUUGAGUCACAUCAUAUCUGUACGAAUGCUUACGUAGGAGGUGCAUUCUGCAAUCAAAAGCAUGGAUCUGGAUUGACCGUUGAUGAUCAGGGUAGUCCUUUGCUGAUUGGAGUCAUAUCUUUGUUUUAUCCAUGCACCGAAAAUUAUCCAACUGUUUUCGUGCGAAUAUCGGAAGUACGUGACUGGAUUGCUGACAACUCGAAUUAUGUAUUUGAUUUAUAA